UUUUACAUUUAUAGAACAAAAACUGUAAUUAAAAUUACGCAAUGCUAGGAUAUAUUUCUUUGGGUUAAAUAUUAGUGUUCUGUAUUCUAUUUUACUGAUGUCUUCAUCAGAAUUCAUCCCGUUAUAUUAUUGUGCAUGUUUGAACUUGAUCGCCGGGAAACGUGGGCACAGCUCAUUGCUUUUUUCGGCUCUAUAUACGAGACAAAUACACACGGCAAUCCUAAUCCCUGCAAAUAAUAUAAUGCCUAGCAAAACAAAUUAGAACUGAAAAGGUAAAAAAUCUCGUCUAGUGAUGUUUAAUUGCAAAUUUGACGUCUUUACUGACAAAGUUGUUUUCUGUUGUUCGUCCACGCGAAACGGUACGAUGUCGUUCUUACUGGUCACCUGAAAAAAGUUUGGCUGACGAAAGUGUUACCCGUAGGUAUAAGCCGACCCCCUUCUACAAGCUGUCGUUUUUGGUCUUCAAAAUUCGGCUUAUCGUACCUAAUCCGAACUUCUAAAAGUUAACUCGUAACCACAAUUUUAUUGUCACAUUUAUAAACAUGGGCACGAGUUCGUUUUAGAUUCACCGCACACCUUGUUUUCAUUUGCGCUUAGAGGGGUGGGUCGUAUUUCAAUACAUUGGGACUAGGUUUCUUCUUGCAUUAGUUAGUACAAGAGGGCAAUCGCUUAGGAGAUGAUGUUAUAGUCAGUGGGCAUGGCGACAAGAAAACACGGUUUGUAGCUGUCAAUGAUUACUAGACCGCGAUAAUGUCACAGCGAUCUAUUUCAAGUUUCUUUGGCGGCGGGGAAAGAAAAGAAACAGAAAAAAGAAAAUCAGAUGACAUAACGGGCAGCAUUUCGUCUAAAAACAAGAAAUAUGACACUGAAAAACGGCAAAGAAAAUUUAUUUCUUCGUGGAAAACUCUUUACCCCUGGGUUGUUCACGAUGAGGAACAAAACGUCAUGAGGUGUGAAAUUUGUGUUAAAUUUCCAGACAUUUGUGCUAAAAACAGGAAACAUGCUUUUGUAGAUGGGUGCAACAAUUUUAGACUUGAUUAUUUGAAAAGUCACGAUACUUCAGAUGCACAUCUGGAAUGUGUUUCAUAUCACAAAGCGGCUCUAAAGUCGCAAGGGAAUGUGGACUGUUCUUCAAGUAUACCUACCAGUAUAAGUGAAACAGCUGCAAAAAUUAAACCAAUAGUGAAAGCAUUCAAGUCUAUUGACACAUACACCCUGAGAAGACUUGACAGGUUGUUCAUUACAGCGUUUCAGAUCGCGCAUAAGGGGAAACCCCUUAGUGACUUUGAAGCGAAUCUUGAGUUACUUGAACGUCUUGACGUGGAUGUGGGGACCAAAUAUCGUAACAACGCUGGUGUACGUUCCUUCAUUCACGCAAUAGCCCUUUCCUUUCGGAAAAGUUUCCUUAGCGAGCUAAAGAAUGCCAAAUUUCUAACAAUAAUGAGUGAUGGCAGUACAGACACCGCUGUUAUGGAGCAGGAAACAGUUUUUGUUAGAUAUGUGAGUCUGUCGGGGGAACCCAUCUCUUUCCAUGCCGCAACAGUCCCUCUGUCUCACUGCCAUGCCGACGGCGUUCUUGAAGGAAUCAAGUCAGCUGUGUCCACACUCGGCUUUACAUACGAGAAUCUGGUGGACCCAGACUAUGCAGGACCACACUUGGUGUCAGUUAAUUUUGAUGGGGCUGCUGUAAUGUUAGGGUCAAAAGGUGGUGUGGCAGCCAAAAUCAAGGAUGAUGCAAAUUAUGUUGUGCCUGUGCAUUGCAUUGCACACAAGCUAGAACUUGCCGUUUUAGACUCUGUGAAAGAUUUGCCACAACUUGCUAGCUUUGAGAACACUUUGAAACAAGUUUUGAAGUUUUACUAUUAUAGCCCUAAAAUGAGACGGGAACUAAAGCAAGUUUCAGAAAUUUUCAACACUGAGCUUGUUAGUCUGUCUGAUGUCAAGCAAGUGCGCUGGUUGGCAAGCAAAAUCCGUGCUGUUCAAGCAUUAAAGAUUGGAUUCCACACAAUCAUUAACCACAUUGAAUCUGUGGCAACAGGAAGAACUGAACAAAGUGCAAAAGCCAAAGGAUGGCUGAAGAAAAUGCUGACCUCUUCCUUCAUAAAAGUUAUGAGUGUACUUCUUGAUAUUCUCCCAAUCCUUACUGAGGUGUCUCUUCUGUUCCAGACAGAGGAUUUGCUCAUUAUUGAGGUAAGUGGAGCCCUUGAAGGACUGAUACUGAAGCUCAUGAAUCUCAAGAUCGAACCUUUGCUAGUUGGUGAACACAUGAGGAAUUUCUCUGACAAGUACAACCACGAGACAGGUACCUAUGAUGGUAUCAGACUCAGAGACAGUUGUACUCCCAUCAUCUUCAAGGAAGAUGUCUUCCUGAACUCAUUGCUUGAUGGUAUGAUGAAGUACCUUGACAAGAGAUUUGCAUGUUUCAGCCAGAAACCACUGAAAUGUUUCAGUGUGUUCAACUAUGCUGAUUGGCCCUCUGACAGAGCAGCACUGAGUGUUUAUGGAAACACAGACCUAUCUGAACUGGUAGAUCACUAUGCCUUGCUGUUUCCUGAUGAAAAGUCACUCAUCCUGCGUGAAUUCACAGAACUCAAAGGGCACCUGAAAUCAUGCAAACAGCCUGUGCUUGAAACAUACAUAAAGUUACUGGUUGAUAAACCUGAAAGAUUUGUGCAUGUUAUCAAGAUUAUUGAAUUGAUGUUUGUCAUGAGUCCCGGAACCGCGGUUUGUGAAAGGCUUUUUUCAAAUAUGAACCUUGUCAAGACAAAUCAUUGAACAAGAUUGAACACAGAAACUCUGACUGACACUUUGACAAUCAUGACACAUGGGCCAAAGAAACUAGCAGACUUCUGUCCAAGAGAUGCUAUUCGUGAGUGGAUGGAACAGUGUCAGGGCAGCAGACACAUCCUCUCCAUGGUGAAGGAUGUCAAGUCAUCCUCAUCCACUUGUUCCACACUCACCACCUCACCCUCACCCAGCACAAGUACAGCCAUUGCUGCCAAGGACAUCUGAGAGCUAUACAAAAUACCACAGUUAGUGAGUAUGCUGAGUGCAUUAAUAUUCCUGUCAAAUUUUAAUAAAUGAUAGUUUAGUAACCAUUCACAACCAGUGUCUUAGUUAUUUUUGUUUAAAUUUCCUACAAAUAGUGGGCAAGUAUGAAAAAAAUCAGGGCAAGUAUAAACUGUGUU